AUGACUACCUUUUUAAAAGUAGCUUCAUAUCUUAAUAAUCUAAAGGUUAUAGUUGUAAUAACUGGUGAUGUAUCUAGUGGGAAGUCAAAAAUACUUGAAAGAUUUGUUUAUAAUAGAUUUGGUGAGAAAACUUAGCCGACUAUUGGAGUAGAAUUCAUACCUAAAAACAUUGAAAUGGCCGAUGGGACUAAAGUCAGGCUAUAACUAUGGGAUACUGCUGGAAGCGAAAAAUAUAGAUCUAUUACCACUGGUCACUAUAGGAAUGCGCUUGGAGCUGUUCUAGUAUAUGAUAUAGCGAAUGCAGAGUCCUUUUAUAAUCUAAAUAACUGGCUUGAGGAGUUAAGAAAUGUAGUUGAUGAUCAUACAGUAAUUGCUUUAAUUCCAAAUAAGUGUGACAUAAUGUUCAAGCAUCCUGAAUAAAGAGAGGUAAUGAAAGAAUAAGGACAGCUUUUCGCUAGAGACAACAAUUUGAUUUAUCUUGAAGAAUGCUCAGCUUUAGCUGAUAUAGCAGUAAAUGAUGUGUUUAUGGCCUUAGUUGAUGGAAUAAUUAAAGUACAAACUGAGUUAGUAAAGACAGGUAAGAAAUCUAAAAAUAGUCUAAAACUCAAGGAUGAAGACAUUAGCCUGCAUUACAAUCACAGAUGCUGUUAUUGA